UGUAAAAAUAUUAUUAUUUAAAUUUUAAAAAUUUCUCUACUAUUACUUAAUAUUUUUUAUAAAUUAAUUAUUGAAUACAAUAAACACAUUAUAUUGCAUUGACAGCUAUUUUUAAUUAUGAAAAUUAUGUUUUGUGGAUGAAUAUUCUACUGUGGUUGUAUUAUUUUUGGAAUACAAAUAAUAUGAUCAAAAAUGUUUUGCAAUCAGUUUUGGUUUGUUUUGUUAUAUGAUUACUGUAAAGUAGUUUGUAAGGUAUGUCUUCAACAAAUAAGCAAGAUUUUGACAGGAAUGAUGAUAUUGAACAAUGCAGAGUGUCUGCCGAUGAUAAGUGUAAGAAAUGGAGUAAUAACAAUACUAACAGUAGCGGAAACAAAUUUGCUCGACGUGCGCGAUCUUUUAAAGAAGAUUUAUUGGACAUUAUAUCUGCGAUGCGAUCGCCUAGUCAUAGCACAAUUAAUUCUAGAAGCAAUUCUCCCAAAAAUUGGUUACCAAAGCAAAGACAUGCUUCAUCUGGAAGUAGUCCUAAAAGAUCCCUCAAUGACAUUGACUUUCACGUUAGACAAAUUCAGAUAGCCUUGAAACAUUUCUUUGAUGUAGUGACAAAAAACAAAUUAGAAAUGUUACCUGGAAAUGGAACUGUAGUUUUAGAAACUGUAACUUCUAUUUGUGGUGUAUUUAAAUCGUAUGAUAUCAAUGAACAAAGUUCUUUAGUAGUAUCUGCUUUAAACCAAGUAUAUCAAAGUGUAGCACAACUUAUAAAAUUAUGUGAUGAUGUUCUCUUAUCUGGCGAAAAAGCAAUUAAUACUGAGAAUGUAUCAGAUACAUUGCAUUUAGUCGAUGUAGCUAUUCAAAAUUUAGUAUCCCUAUCCAAUUCAAAAAAGGGCCAAAUAACCAUUAAAAAUAAUUUUAAGGCUGAAGGCUCUCUCGAAGUUUCUGAUGAGAUAAAACAAAGAGUUUCAUUGCCUGAUAUUCCAUUAACACCAAGAGAAAGAGAAAUAUUAGAACAAACAAGCAAUAAUUAUUUAUUUGAUAAUAAUCCUCCUUCUAAGCCUCCUUUACCAAAUAGGACAUGUUUGGAAGACGUUGACACAAAUCAUUCCCCUCCGCCUCUUCCUCCAAAACGUCAAGCUAAACAAAAUUUUACUAAAUAUAGCCCAUGUAACAUACCUAUGGAACUGUUAGAAUUAUCAGAUGGUUCAUCUUCAAUUGGUUCUUUAGAUUCAAUUUUAAAUGAUGAAGAAGUUAAUGUAGUUAUGGCUCAAAAUGAUGGUUCAUUUUUAACCUGUGAUACCAAUCAUGUUUGUGGAUAUUGUAACUGUUCUUCUAGUUCAACUUCAAUGGAUCAAGGUAAUGAAAAACUGAUUUCUCCAUUUUCUGAAUAUUCACCACAACAAGCCACAAUAGAAAAGAAAACUAUGUUUAUUCAUCAAGCUUCUAGUCAGGUGUGGACACAAUCCAAAUCAACAACUUUUCAUCAAAUUAGUAAUCAAACCAUAUUUUCUAAUGAAAUUAAUAAGUCGUCAUCUACUAAUGAAAUUCCUCCACCUGUACCUGAAAAAAAACGUAAUGUUAGACAAAUGUUAAGAUCUACUUAUGAUAAUUUAUCAAUGGAUGAAUUGGGAACACAGUAUAACUUUCACAAGAAUAGUAGUCAUUGUAAUAUUCAAACAUUGACACAUACAGCUUCACUAGACAAUCCAGUUGCUGAUUCUUCUAAUCCACCUCCAUUGCCACUUAAAAAAAAACAUAUGUUUCAUUCAGUGGCUUAUUCUGUAAUGGCUUAUAUGGAAAUGUUUGGUAACUGUUCUCAUGGAAACACUACUGAAUUUUUACGUCAUUCGGUACAUACAUACACAAUGCUUCAUCAAAGUAAUUGGCAUUCACCACAAAAAUAUAAUGAAAUGCAAAAUUAUAGUGUUGAAAAUUCAAACCAAUCAUACUACUUAAAUAAUGAAUCUAACCCACCAGAAUUACCACCAAAACGAGGAAAGGCAAUUUUGUCUUCUUGUAAACAAACAUCACCCCAAAAAGCUCCAAACAAAGUAUACGUAACUGAAGAAAACUGUAUUUCAAAUCCUUCUCAAUGUAUUGAAAUUCAGGAAAUUCCUUCAUGCAGUUCUGAAACUCCACAGGAUGAUUUAAAAAAAAUCAAUAUAAUUGAACAAUUAAAUGUAUCAAAUUGGUUGUUAUUUAAAAAACCCGAAGAGGAUGGUCCGUUAGUUCGUGGAGGUCAUGCAGAUGCUUUAGUUGUUCAUGCUACUAAUGCAGAGAAAAAUGAUUUUAUGUAUCAAGAAGCAUUUUUAACUACUUAUAGAACAUUUUUAUGUCCUUUGGAACUAAUACAAAAACUAUGUAUGCGAUAUCAAAGAUUUCAAAACUCUGGUGAUUUGAACAGACAAAGAGCUGGUCGAGAAUCAUUUUCAUUAUUAGUGAGAGUUGUUAGUGAUUUAACUUUAACAGAUUUAGAUGAAGAAGUUUUACAAGUACUUAUGGACUUUGUUUACCAGUUAUUGCGUGCUGGUGAUUUAACUAUGGCCAAAGCUCUAAGAGUUAAACUUUUAGAAAGAUAUCAAGCAAAAUUAAUGCAUACUACAACUAUAAAUAUUCUUUUACCAUCUCAAAAUAUUUAUACACGGCAAGCUACAUUAUUAGAUUAUAAGACCGAACUAAUUGCUGAACAAAUGACUAUGUUGGAUUCUGAGCUAUUUAUGAAAAUAGAAAUUCCUGAAGUACUUAUUUGGGUUAAGGAACAGAAUGAAGAACGUAGUCCUAAUCUAACAGAGUUUACUGAACAUUUUAAUAAAAUGUCUUAUUGGGCAAGGUCAAGAAUACUCGAACAAAAUGAAGCUAAAGAUCGUGAGCGUUAUGUUUUAAAAUUUAUUAAAAUAAUGAAAUGUUUGCGAAAAAUGAACAACUUUAAUUCAUAUCUUGCACUUCUAUCAGCUUUGGACAGUGCUCCAAUUAGACGUUUAGAAUGGCAGAAAUAUAUAACAGAAGGACUAAAAGAAUAUUGUGCUUUAAUAGAUAGUUCAUCAAGUUUUAGAGCUUAUAGACAAGCAUUAGCUGAAACAAAUCCUCCUUGCAUUCCUUACAUAGGAUUAGUUUUACAAGAUUUAACGUUUGUGCAUAUUGGAAACAAUGAUUACAUACCAGAAAAUAUGAUCAAUUUUUCAAAAAGAUGGCAACAAUUUAAUAUUGUGGAAAAUAUGAAACGAUUCAAAAAAGGGAGUUAUAGUUUUAAAAAACAUGAACACAUCAUUGCAUUUUUUAAUAAUUUUGAUGAGUUUCUAUGUGAAGAAGCAAUGUGGCAAAUUAGUGAAAGCAUCAAACCAAGAGGAACAAAGAAAGCCACAUAAUGUUAUUAGAUUUUUAUAUAUAACCAUAGUUUAUUUUACAUUGAACAUUUUUUUCUAGGUAAUAUUUUCACGUUUUAGUGUAAAAAUAUAAAAAUUUUAAAUUAUUAUUGAAUAUCUAGUCAUUUUUUAAGAUAUUUUUUGUGUGGAAUUUCUGUUGAUCUGUAAAACAUUUGUUUGUUUUAACUAUUACUUUGUAUACUUCUUUUUCUGUUAAUUAAUAUUGUUAAAUUUUUUAACUUGAGAUCUUUAAUAAUCCUUUUUACUUAUAAUUUUUAACUAUAUGGGUCUCAGCCUAUAACUUAAAAUAGUGGUAGGUUAAACAGUUAAUAUAACAUUAUUAUAAUUAAAACACUACUUAAAAACAAAAAAUAGUGUUAACUACAUUUAAGCUAUUGUACAAAUACAUAAUUUCAAACUAUUAAGUUCCUAUAUUUACCUACUUAAUAAUUUAUUUAUUUUUCACUUUUUGACAAUUUAUAAAUUUUUUUUAUUUUUUAAUGUACAAUUUUAAGUCAAAUAGAUACAGACA